CUUACCUGAAUACUGACAAUUGACAAUUUGACAUACACCAACUACAACUCUACAAGGCGCCUUCCCUAAUCCCCUUCGCUACCGUAACAAGGCUACCGGCGGUCCAAAGUUCACGGCGGCUCAUCUCUAUAUUCCACCGCCUCCGGCCCCACACCUCCUACAGUUCUCUUCAGUUUUCUAAGGUUUUAAAGGCCAAAUUGAACAAGUAAUACAGAAUUUUGAAGCCAUGGCAGGAGCACCCCAAAAUCUGUUUGAGGAUGGUUUCGCAGCAGAGAAGCUUUUCAAUCAGGGCUAUUCAUAUACCUAUGAUGAUGUUAUCUUUCUCCCUCAUUACAUUGAUUUCCCUACUGAUGCAGUUGAGCUUCAUACCAAGCUUACAAAAAACAUUUCUCUAUCUAUCCCUUGUGUCUCCUCCCCUAUGGACACCGUCACUGAGUCUUACAUGGCGGUAGCCAUGGCCGCCCUUGGUGGGAUUGGUAUAUUGCACUCCAACAACACCCCCUCUGAGCAAUUCUCUCUCCUCCAAUCUGCCAAGUCCCGCCGCAUCCCUUUUGUUUCAGACUUUGAGAUCAAAUCCCCGUCAGAUGUGAUUGAAUCAGAGAGUGAUUUUGGUUCGUCGAGUGUGAUUUUGGUUACCGAGACAGGGAACAGGAAGUCAAGGGUUAUGGGUUAUGUGUUAAAAUCUGAUUGGGUGAGCUUGAAGAAUAAGGAUGGCAGAGUUUGUGAUUACAUGUUAAAAUUGGAUUUUUCAGUGCCAAAUAGCUAUGAUUUGGACCAAAUUGCUGGGUUUUUGGGCGAGAAAGGGGUUAAAUUGGUGCCAACUGUGAGAGAGACUGAUGGUGAAGUUGUCGAUUUGAUGACAUUGGAGGAUAUAGAGAGGUUUCAAGAACUACCAAAGAGAGGUUUGCCUUCUUUAGCAUCAAAUGGGGAGUUCUUGGUGGGGGCUGCAAUAGGGACCAGAGAAUCAGAUAAGGAGAGGUUGGAAUAUUUGGUCAAGGGUGGGGUUAAUGCUGUCGUGUUGGAUAGCUCUCAAGGGAAUUCUAUUUAUCAGCUGGAUAUGAUAAAGUAUAUAAAGAAGACUUACCCAGAAUUGGAUGUCAUUGGAGGGAAUGUGGUGACUAAAUAUCAAGCUCAAAACUUGAUUCAAGCAGGAGUUGAUGGACUAAGAGUUGGCAUGGGAUCUGGGUCAAUUUGUACCACUCAGGAAGUCUGUGCAGUGGGAAGAGGACAGGCUACUGCUGUGUACAAAGUUUCAUCUGUUGCCGCACAAUGUGGUGUCCCUGUCAUAGCUGAUGGGGGCAUAUCAAACUCCGGUCACAUUGUUAAGGCCCUGGUUCUUGGGGCAUCUACUGUGAUGAUGGGAAGCUAUCUGGCUGGUAGCACUGAGGCUCCUGGUGCUUAUGUGGUUCAGGAUGGUCGCCGUCUUAAGAAAUAUCGAGGCAUGGGUUCUCUGGAAGCAAUGACAAAAGGAAGUGAUCAACGUUAUCUCGGGGACAAGUCUAAGCUUAAAAUUGCACAAGGUGUUGUUGGAGCUGUUGCAGAUAAGGGUUCAGUUCUAAAGUUUGUGCCUUACGCGAUGCAUGCAGUUAAACAAGGGUUCCAGGAUCUUGGUGCCUCAUCGCUUCAGUCGGCCCAUGAUCUUUUGAGAUCAGAAGUAUUAAGACUUGAGGCUCGAACUGGUGCAGCACAAGUUGAAGGCGGAGUGCAUGGCUUGGUAUCGUAUGAGAAGAAAUCAUUUUAGCAACAGUUGAGCUUUUGGCAUAUUGAUCAAAGAGUUGUCUGAAUGCUGUUAGGUUUAUGUUAAUUUGAUGGCUUAAAUUUAAUAAUAAUAGACAAAAAUGGUUCCAUAUCUUGAAUAAUGUAGGAACUGAAAGUUGAAUUUAAUCAAAUCAGCAUUCAAGUUGUUUAACCCUGUA